AUGCCUGUCUUUCAAGAAACCUCCAACGCGGCGCGAGACCAGAGAAUCCUUCCUUCGCGCGCUCUACCUGUACCCCGACUCUCUGAACAGCCAGAUUUGUCUAAUGUUUCCGAAGAACACAAGGAAGUCGUCGUCAUUGGAGCUGGACCAGCAGGUCUGUUUCUGACCUUGCUUCUCGCAAGAUAUGGCAUCACAGAAGCCUCACUUCUCUGUCUGGACUCCAAGCCGGGUACACUGAAAGCUGGCCAGGCAGAUGGACUUCAACCAAGAACUCUUGAAGUAUUUCAGAGUUUGGGUAUAGCAAGUGAGAUCAUCAGUGAAGGCUGUCACAUGGAGGAGGUGGCGUUUUGGAACCCUGUGCAAUCAAAUGGAAACGCAAAGACCAACGGCAAUGGCAAUGGAUUUCAUGCCACCGGGAUUGAGCGGACCAGUUUCGCUCCCGAUGUCAAUGUCCCUGCUCGCUUCCCAUUCGAGGUCACCAUCCAUCAAGGCCGCAUUGAGCGAAUCCUAGAAGAGAACCUUCAUCUCUACGCAGGCAAGGGUGCCAUCAGAAGAUCCCAUCGUUUCCUGGAGUACACGGUCGACGACAACAAUGCUGAGUUCCCCAUCGUGGUCAAGUAUGAACAAGAUCUUCCAGACGGAUCAACUCAACAAGGCACAGUUCGAACAAAGUAUCUCAUCGGCGCAGAUGGUGCACGAUCAAAAGUCCGAAAAUGCAUGGGUCUAGAGCUCGAAGGCGAAACGACAGAUCACAUCUGGGGUGUGUGCGAUUUCGUCGCCGACACAAACUUUCCUGAUAUCCGCAAGCGCUGCGCAGUUCACUCGGAUGCUGGUUCUGUCAUGGUAAUUCCCAGGGAACAGAUUGCAACGGGCGAGUAUCUCACUCGUCUUUACGUUCAAGUCGCUGAAGAGGUUGACACGAGCGGUGAUACUGGAACGGAUAAGAAAUCGGCUGAUAAGAAGCGUCGUGGUGCUGUUACGUUGGAGUAUAUCUUUGAGCAAGCGCGGCAGGUGUUUGCGCCGUAUGAGAUCAAGAUCAAGGAGGAGACUGAGCCAGAUUGGUGGGCUGCUUAUCAGAUUGGGCAGCGCAUGGCUCCCAGAUUCUCUGCUAAGACAUCCGACGGCGUGGAAAGGGUGUUCAUUGUCGGUGAUGCCUGCCAUACUCACAGCCCCAAGGCAGGACAGGGCAUGAACGUGUCAAUGAUGGACUCUUACAACCUAGCUUGGAAACUCGUUCACAAGAUCCACGGCCUCACUCCUUCAAGCACUUCUGGAUCAGACCCUAUCCUCGAAACAUUCUCGCAAGAGCGCGUAGACGUAGCCCGCCAACUUAUCGAGUUCGACGCCCAGUUCUCGCACAUGUUCUCCGGUCGCAUCGGAUCAGCAGACGCCGAAACUUCAGGCCUGACACAUGAAGAGUUCCUUCGAGUCUUCAGUGACGGUAGUGGGUUUACUAGUGGUUGCGGACUUCAGUACAAGGGAAGUCAACUGAUAAGGGAACUGGGUGCAAAGAGCAACUUGUCGCGAGGAGAUCCGCUUCUAGGCGCGCUGACGCCGGGACGACGACUGCUUGAUGUUGAAGUGAAGCGCUAUGCGGACGCCACUGCUCGGCAUUUGCAAGACGAAAUGCCACCGACCGGCCGCUACUACAUCCUUGUCUUCACAAGCAACGACUUACUCGAUAAAUCCGGCAUUUCAAAGUCUAGUCUACAGUCAUCCGUCGAGAUCCUACAAAGGUUCCCCAAAGGCACUGUAAAUCUCAUCGUGGUGCAUCCACUAACGUCCAGAUUCGAGUGGACUGAUCUGCCAGCGGGAGUAAAGACAUUUGCAGAGAUGCGAACUUAUGGAGUGUCAAAGAAGGAGGAUGUCUACGAGGUAUUGGACGUUUCAAAGGAUGAUGGUGUUGUUGCAGUAGUGAGACCUGAUGGAUAUGUUGGUAUUAUGGCGCCUUUGUCCAAGACGGGAGAUGUAGAGGAUUAUCUGCGAGGUUGCUUAGUUACUCCAAUCAUUGCGAAAAACAGGACCGGCAUCAUUGGAUUCGUCAGCUUACGCCCGGACACAUUUCAAGCUAUACAAUGCAAGAACUAUCCGGCAGAAAAUGGCCCGUGGAUUGUCCUCUCCAACAGUUUCGGCGCUGACACCACUCUGUAUCAGCCUGUUGCCCAGCGCCUCGCUUCAUCAAGCUACCGCGUCCUAAGCUACGAUCAUCCCGGCCACGGUCAAAGCACUCCCGUGAGAGACGUCGAUAACGUCGAGAUGGAAGAGCUGAUCAACGACAUCGACGAACUCCUUCGUGUUCUGCAUAUCGAGAGCAUCCACGCCUGGGUCGGCGUCUCACUUGGUGCAGCCAGCGGUAUCUAUCUAGCCUGCCGUCACCCAAAAUUGAUCCAAAACUUUGCAUACUGUGCAUGCCCUCCUGCAUCUUUCGGUGCCCUCGGCAUAAUGCCACUUGAAGUCUUUGACAAGAUGCGCGCCCAGGCUGAAGCAGAUGGGACUACUGCGAAUGUCAUUCGGCAAAUGCACUAUGGCUGGGCGAGCAAAGAGUGGCUUGAUGAGCAUCCCGACCAGGAUGAGCGACUCAAACUUGCUAGUUCAACUCUGAGUCUGGAUGGUUUGCGUGCGAUGAUGACGUUGCAGAAGAACAAGCGGUUUGACAUGCGACUGCUCGUUCCUCAGCUUUUGGAAAGCUGUGAGAAGAUAAUGUUUGUGAAAAGAGACCAUGAUGCACACCUCAACCCUCUAGUGGAUAUGAUGAGAGAUUUGGUUGUCAAGACUGCGCAAGAGAAGGGUAUCAGGGGUGAUUUCAAGCUUGUCGCCGUGCCGGACUCGGGGCAUGUCAUGUACUUGGAGAAUGAGAGCUAUUUUGUUGAGACUAUUAAGGAGUUCAUUUCCUACUCUAUCGCUCCACUACCAUCACCUGCCGUCAUGGGAAGCAUUCAUCAACCUCACACAGAAACCUACCCAGACCAGAAUGGCUACUAUGGCCAAUUUGGUGGUAACUUCUACCCACCCGAAGCUCAUCAAGCACUCGAAGAACUGGCUACCAAGUACCAAGAACUCCGCCACUCACCCUCUUUCAAUCAAACUCUGGACAAGGUCCGCAUCGGCCUCCAAGGCCGCCCAACACCAAUUCAUCAUCUCGAGAACAUUUCACGCGAAGUCGGCGGUGCUCAAAUCUUCGUCAAGCGGGAAGACUUGAACCACACAGGAGCACACAAGAUCAAUCACUGUGUCGGUUUCGCACUUCUCGCUAAAGCAAUGGGAAAGACUAAACUCAUCGCUGAGACGGGGGCUGGCCAACACGGUGUUGCGCUCGCAACUGCAGCGGCAUAUUUCGGUCUUGAGUGUGAGAUACAUAUGGGAGGUGUCGAUACCGAGAAACAAAAGUCUAAUGUUGCUCGGAUGCAGAUCCUUGGAGCAAAGGUUGUUGCUGCUACUAAGGGGCAGUCUGCGUUAAAAGAGGCCAGUGACUCGGCUUUCAAUGCGUAUGUUGAGCAACGAGAGCAUGCGCUGUAUGCGAUUGGGUCAGCGAUUGGACCUCAUCCAUUUCCACUGAUCGUGAGAGACUUUCAGUCUGUGAUUGGCAAAGAAGCGCGAGAGCAGUUCCUCACCAUGACUGAUGGUACAUUGCCUGAGCAUGUCGUUGCGUGUGUCGCUGGUGGAUCCAAUGCGAUGGGGAUGUACUCUGCAUUCAUUGAUGAUACAGCAGUGAAGUUGCAUGCGGUAGAACCACUGGGGCAAUCCGAGAAACUUGGCCAACAUGCAGCGACACUCUCAUACGGCAAACCAGGUACGUUGCAUGGCGCAAAGACGCUGGUUCUCCAACAAGACGAAGGCAAGGCUGCUCCCGUCUCAUCUGUAGCCUCAGGACUUGUCUAUCCAGGCAUUGGACCUGAGAUGGCCAUGCUGCACGAUGCUGGGCGCAUAUCAGUCUCAACGAUCGGCAACGACGAGGUCAUCAGCACGUUCUUCCGCAUGGCCAAGAGUGGAGGCAUCAUCAUUGCUCUAGAGAGCGCACAUGCAAUCGCAUUCGCCACACGGCUAGCAGCGCAGCGACCUUCAUCAGAGCGGAUCCUAGUCAAUCUAUCCGGGCGAGGAGAUAAAGAUGUAGAUUAUGUUCUCGAGCAUCAUAGAACUGGUUGA